AUGGCCGACAAGUCCUACUACGACCAAGCCAAAGACACAGUCAACGACGUGGCCAACAGGGUAUCUUCUGCGCUGCAGCCUGGAGACAGCAAAUCCACCGCCCAGCCUCUACAAUCUCCCGAAUCGAGAUUCCCGCAGAGGGCUACGACGCCGACGACGACGACGGCAGCGGAGGGUAAUCAACCCGCUGCCGCUGCUGACGGUGGUGCUGGUGAAAAUAAGAGUCUUUGGCAGUCUGCUCAAGAGACGGUUUCGAAGGCUUUGGGUGGGGAGAUUGGUGAGUGA